AUGCCACUCUCCAAGUUCAUCGCCAUCGUCGCCGGUGUUGGCCCUGGAACUGGCGCCUCCGUCGCCCGCAAGUUCUCAUCUCACUACCCCGUCGUCCUGCUCGCCCGUAAACCAGAGAACUACGAGGGCCUUGCCAAGGAAAUCAACAGCGCUGGCGGCAAAGCAAUCGGUAUCAGCACCGACGUCUCGUCCAAGGAUAGUCUAGCCAAGGCGGUGGAAGGCAUCAAGCAAGAAUUCGGCCAAGACGUCGCCGCUGCAGCAGCAAUUUUCAACGCCAGCGGGCCCUUUAUGCGGAAGCCAUUUUUGGAGAUUCCAGCCGAGACAUUCUCCUCUAGUCUCGAUGUUUCUGCCAUGGGCGGCAUCUUGUUCUCGCAAUCUUUCCUCCCGCUCCUCCUCAAAGGGGUGGGGAGCUCGGAACACCCGCCUAGUCUCAUCUUCACGGGCGCAACGGCGAGCGUGAAGAGCAAUGCGCAGAUGGCGAGCUUUUCAACCGGCAAGUGGGCGUUGAGAGCGCUGAGUCAGAGUUUGGCGAGGGAGUUUGGUCCUCAGGGCGUGCAUGUUGCGCAUGCGAUUAUCGAUGGGGUUAUUGACAUUCCGAGGACGAGGGAGUGGUUGAAGGAUAUGCCUGCCGAGGCUAAACUGAGUGCCGAUGCGAUUGCGAAUGAUUACUGGUGGUUGCAUACACAGCCCAAGACGAACUUUACAUGGGAGAUCGAUCUCAGGCCUGCAAUUGAGAAGUGGUAG